AUGACUGCAGCACGCCGGAAGUUUACUCGUUUCCAAGGCGAUGGUUCCACCACUACUCUAGCCUCGCUGCUGGAGGGGACGCUGGAAAGCGACUUGGAGGAGAAGGUACAGGUCGACGGCGGCCGCCGCCACAGCGCCUCACGGGGAGUAGCAAAAGAAGACGGCGGCCGCCGCAUUAGCCACCACGUGUGGAGGAUAAACGGCCGAUACGGCCAUGGCGGCGCCGAGUCAAGGGAAAGAGUUAGCGAGGACCAGGACUUCCGUUGCAGCGACGACGGAGAAAGAAAACAUGAAGACGGUAACUGCCGCUCCAGGGUCUCCGCAAGAAGAAUAAGUGAAGUCGUCAGCUUUUCCCGCAGCGACUCGAGAAGAGUCAGCGAAGACCUAGCCUACCACCGCAGUGUCUCUCGGGAGAGAAUUAGGGGAGAUGGUGGCUACCGUCACAGCCGUGGCUUCCGCAGCAGCGACGUGAAUUUAAGUGAAGUUGGCAGCCACGAAACUAGUGACUCCGGGGGAACGGUCAGAGAAGACCGCGGCCUCCGCUUCAGUGGUACUUGGGGGGCAGGUAUUGAAAUCCAGGGCCCCCGAACCAGCGACUCCGGGGAGAAAGUCAGUGACGACCGCAGCCGCCGCCUCAGUGGCUCUUGGGAGGGAGGGAGUGUCGAUGGCCACAGCCUCAGUAGUUCUUGGGACGGUGUAAGUGAAGACCAAGGCUACGCGGCCAGUGACUCCUCCGAGAGUCCCCUGGGAGAAAGCAAAGGAGGACCGUGGCCCCUGUCCCAGUGACAACGACGAAGACGGC